GAAAAUCUUUGUGCUUGAGAUAUCUUCCAUGAAAGUUAUACAUCAAUUUGUACGAAAGUCAUCGAUCCUGAAACGGUCCUCAUCAAAAGAUUCUCAAUACGCCUUGGGAAUUCAAAAACUGUCUUACUUCGACGGAUAUUUUGUUGUGCACAGCUUGGACAAGUUUAUAACUUUCUUUGAUGACACCGGCGAAGAGUGUUUGUCUCAAUUCUUGCAUGCUUCACAGAUCAAUAGCAUCUGUCCAGAAGGCACAUUUCAUCAAGGUCGCCAUGCCGUUUACACUGCCAGCAGUGAUGAGACAGUGGGUGUAUGGUCUGUUAACAAGCGAGGAGACAGCAUAGAGGCUGCUCCGAGCAAGACGUUUCUUGACACCGCCUCCACCUUGCAUCCAGCAAUCUCCAGUGCUAAGAGCUCCUUUCGGGGGAUACAAAAGCAUGUUGCAAACUUACAUCCCGGCGAUUUCCACACUCAAGAAUCCUUCAUAAACCGAAAGCUGUGCACUUCAUGCAUGACUUGUGAUAGCAUCAGCAAGAUCCUUGCUUGCGGAACCUACUAUGGUUACUGCAUGAUCUAUUCGACAGAAUCGCACGCACUGUCAUGGUCGAUUGAUGUCUGUCAUUCAAAGAUAUCAGGAAUUGCCAUCGUCCCAGGAGGAGACUAUAUGGUUGUUCGUUCACAUGAAGGGCUGAUAUGGAUCUUGGAUCGAAUCAGUGGAUUCAAGAAGACAUCAAUUGUACAUGAAGAAGUGGAGAACGAUAUCAGAGAUAAAGUUUGCGAGCAGGU